AUGUGCAAGUCGGACUACGCUAAGCAGCUGCGGGCGACAGCCGAUCAGGAGCGCUCGACCAUGGAAAAUGCUACGGGAGGAUCAACCCGUGCCUCCACGUCCUCGGUGGAGGCGCUGCCCGUGCGUCGCUCCCGGCAGCGAGAUAUCCGUGAUAUGACGGACCAAGUUGCGCAUAAUCGCCUUGAUUACCUGUGGGCUGCUGCAGUUGCCGAGAACGACCUCGCCUUCAACGUCAGCAAGUCGAAAUCGAUCCAGGCGUUCGUUGACGCGGUGAUCAUGUACGUAAAACCGUACACCCUCCCUACCCCGUACAAGGUAUCCGGCCCAUUGCUGGACAAGCUGAAGGCGGACUCCGAGGACCUGCUGCGGCCGGUGAAGGAGAGCUGGAAGACCAGCGGGUGCUCGCUCUCCGUCAAUGGAUGGACGGACAUCAAAUCCCGCGGUUUUGUGUGUGUCAUCGCGCAAAAUGACACCGCACCCGUCAUCGUCGACAUCGUUGACUCGAAGACCGUAAAAAAAUCCGGGGACUACUUGGCAACGCUUAUUCAGGGAGCGAUCACCACUGUGGGGCCGAAGCAUGUCGUCCAAGUCGUGAUGGAUAACGCUUCGAACAACAAAAACGCCGCCAGCAAGCUAAGCGCGGAUUAUCCCCAUAUCUUCUUCACCAACUGCGCCGCCCACUGCCUCGACCUCAUGCUGCACGACAUCGGCAAGAUCCGUGAAACCGCACACUUCAUCAAGCGGACGGGUCUGCUGUUGCCUAAGGACAGGAGCACUUUCCUCACCUCCAUCAAGGCGAUCAUUGCCAGGAGGUUGGGCUCUGACGAUGCCCGUUGGGCAGCAACUACCUUGGUGGAGGCGGGGCGCAUGACGGAGGCGGAAUGGUGGUUCCUGUUUGGUGGGGAGGUGCAGGCGCUCCAAGACCUGGCUGUGACGUCUUUGUCACAGCCAGUCACCUCCUCCGAAGUGGAGAGGUACUGGUCGCCGCUGGCACGUGUGCAGAGGCGCGACCGGAACCGCCUCACGGCGAAGAAGAUGACUGACGUCACCUUCGUCGCCUUCACCCGGCGGGCCCGUGAUGCCUUUGAUCGAAAGGCAGCCCUGCGUUCCAAGCUCUAUCAGGACCUGGGCAACGGCACCCUCAGGGAAGGGGCUGCCAUCAUCCCGGCCGAAGUGGAGGUGGAGGAAGGGGAUGCGGAGGAGGAGGCACCCGUGGAGGAGGAAUGCACCAUUGAUUGGUCGGAAUUCGGGAGCAUCGGCAAGAAGAGGAAAGGGAAGGCGGGUCGCGGGGAUGAGCAUGGGGCUUGCCAGCCAUUCAGUGACUAUUGGCCGAUUCCACGUUUUACUCUAGAAGGGGAACGACAUUUGCUGCAAGAAUAA